AUGUCGGAAAGGGACAGAAAGCACAAAGACGUACAUGGUAAAGAUGCCUUUGCUGUGAGCUCUAUGCUGAAACGACCAGUGCCUGAACUACCACCUCGCAAUCGUGUAAAACGAUCUAAAGACGUCACCCUGGACAAGAGCUAUGAAGACACAGAUGGUAAGGAUGGCUUUGCAUUGAGCUCUGUGCUCAAAAGACCAGUGCCCGAACUGCCACCUCGCAAUCACGACAAUGGAUCUAAAAACGUCACCCAGAACAAGAAGCCUGAACACAGUGAUAGUAAGGAUGCCUUUGCUGUGAGCUCUAUGCUGAAACGUCCAGUGCCCAAACUGCCACCUCGCAAUCGUGACAAAGGGUCUAUAAACGUAACCCAGGACAAGAGAUCUAAAAACAUGGAUAGCAAGGAUGUCUCUGCACUGAGCUCUGUGCUGAAACGACCAGUGCCUGAACUACCACCUCGCAAUCGUGACAAAGGAUCUAAAAACGUCAUCCAUGGCCAGAACAAGAAGCCUGAACACAUGGAUAGUAAGGAUGCCUUUGCUGUGAGCUCUAUGCUAAAACGACCAGUGCCUGAGCUACCACCUCGCAAUGAUGUAAAAGGAUCUAAAAACGUCAUCCAUGGCCAGAACAACAAGCCUGAACACAUGAAUAGUAAAGAGGCCUUUGCUCCGAGCUCUAUGCUAAAACGACCAGUGCCUGAACUACCCCCUCGCAAUCGUGUGAAAGGAUCUAAAGACGUCACCCAGAACAAGAAGUCUAAACACACGGAUGGUAAGGAUGGCUUUGCAUUAACCUCUGUGCUAAAACGACCAGUGCCUGGGCUACCACCUCGCAACCGUGUAAAAGGACCCAAAGACGUUACCCAGAACAAGAUGUAUGAAGACACGGAUGGUAAGGAUGGCUUUGCAUUAACCUCUGUGCUGAAACGACCAGUGCCUGAACUACCACCUCGCAAUCAUGACAAAGGAUCUAAGGACGUGGAUAAGAAGUAUGGGUACGUGGAUAAGAAGGGCAAAGGCGCGAACAGGAAGUAUGAAGAUGUUGACAGGAAAUAUGAAGACGUGGAUGGUAACGAUAUCCUUGCUUUAAGCUCUUUGCUGAAGCGACCGGAGCCCGAACUGCCGCCUCGUCACCGUGACAAAGAAUCUGAAGAUGUGGACAAAAAAUCUCCCAAAGACGUGUACAGGAAGUACGAAGACGUGGACGGUAAAGCUGGCUUUGCACUGGGUUCUCUGCUAAAACGACCAGUGCCUGAACUGCCCCCUCGUCACCGUGACAAAACAUCUGAAGACGUGGAUAAGAAGGAAGAAGACAUAAACAUGAAGGGCGAAGACGUUGACAGGAAGUACGAAGAUGUGGACGGCGAAGAUGGCUUUGCAUUGAGCUCUGCCCUGAAACGGGAGGUGCCCAAAGAACCACCACCUCGUAACAACAAAGAGCCCGACGCCGUGGACGGCAAAGAUGACUUCACAUCCAGCUCUGGACUUGAACGUGAAGUGCCCAAGGCGUCCCCUUCUCGAGCCCACUAUCUUGACAUGGGAGACCAUGCAUACGUAGUGGACGAUGAAGCGUACAAUGGAGACACGCUUCCUGAUAACAGCUACAAACCAGACGACAAUGCUGAAGAUGGAAAUCAGAAGAAGUGCUGCUUUGGAUACAAAGCAAAAGCCAACAACCCUCACAACUCGACCAACAACCCUCACAACUCGACCAACAACAGCCGUCCCAACUGGGCCAACAACAACCCUCGCAAUUCUGCCAACAACCAUUACAAGUGGGCCAACAACAACCUUCACAACCGGGCCAACAACAACCCCCAAAAUUGGGCCAACAACAACCCUCACAACUGGGCUAAUAACUGUCACAAUUCUACCAACAACAACUCUCACAACUCGGCCAACAACCCUAACGAUUCUGCCAACAGCAACUCUCACAGUUCCACCAACAACAACUCUCACAACUGGGCCAACAACAACCCUCACAAUUCUGCCAACAACCCUUACAGCUGGGCCAACAACAACCCUCACAACUGGGCCGACAACAACCCUCACAACUGGGCCAACAACAACUCUCACAACUGGGCCAACAACCCUAACGAUUCUGCCAACAGCAACUCUCACAACUGGACCAACAACAACCCUCACAACUGGGCCAACAACAACCUUCACAACUUGGCCAACAACAACCCUCACAACUGGGACAACAACAACCGUCACAACUGGGCCAACAACAACCCUAACGAUUCUGCCAACAGCAACUCUCAUAACUGGGCCAACAACAACCCUCACAAUUCUGCCAACAACAAUCCUCACAACUGGGCCAACAACCGUCACAAUUCUGCCAACAACAGCCCUCACAGUUCGACCAACAACAACCCUCCCAAUUCGACCAACUCUCACAACUCGACCAACAACAAUGCUCAAAUCUCGACCAACAACAAACCUCACAUCUCCACCAACAACCCUCACAACUGGACAAGCAACAACCCUCACAACUGGACAAGCAACACCUCUCUCAACACGACCAACAACAACAAUAGGAAGCCAUGCAAACAUGGACGCUGCAUCAUCCACGAUGGCGGAUACAGAUGCGAAUGCUCAUCUGCAUGGACUGGACUAAACUGUCACCAAGAUAUUGACGAUUGUGAUGGAAACCCUUGCCAGCACGGUACGUGUCUGAACAAAGUUAACGGAUACGACUGUACCUGUUCACAUGGAUGGACUGGACGGAACUGUCAGCAAGAUGUUGACGAGUGUAUGAGGAAACCUUGCCAGCACGGUACUUGUGUGAACAAAGAUGGCGGAUACACCUGUACUUGCAGACCUGGAUGGACUGGACGGCUCUGUCAGUUUGAUGUUGACGAGUGUGCGAGGUACACUUGCUGGCACGGGACUUGCGCAAACUCUGCUGGUGGAUACACCUGUAACUGCUCACCUGGAUGGACUGGACGGAAGUGUAUUCAACGAGUAGACAAGUGUGCUAGGAACCCUUGCCAGCACGGAACUUGUGAGAACAAAGAUGGCGGAUACUCGUACACCUGUACCUGCUCACCUGGAUGGACUGGACAGAACUGUCAGCAAGAUAUUGACGAGUGUGUGAGGAACCCUUGUCAGCACGGAACUUGUGAGAACAAAGAUGGUGGAUACACCUGUACCUGUUCAGCUGGAUGGACUGGAAAGAACUGUCAGUAUUCUGAUACAUGUGGGAGUGGUUGGACCGAGUAUAACAACCACUGCUACAAGUUGAUGACAGAAUUAGCUGACUGGGACACGGCAGACUCACAGUGUAGAGCAAUGGGUGCAAACCUUGCUUCUAUCAAAGAUUGUAAAGAGAACAACUUCAUUAGAGACUUUAUCCGCACUGGUGAGUGA